AUUAAAUUGGAUUUCUUCAAAUUUAGUCUGGUUAAAACGGCAAAAUGCAACAAACCACGAUUUUGUUUAAAUGACUCCAAGUGUAAGUUGAGAAACAAAACCGCCAGUUAUCAAAAAUCUUCAAAUGUCGGGAUUCGAUCAGGGUGCUGUCUAUUUCUCUGAUUCCCUUUUUCAACAAACAAGAGAUCAAGACAACUCAGCGAACCUCCAAUUUGCUAAGCGAAAGUUCAAGGAGUUUGUUCGCCAGUUCAACGAUGGUGGUUUCGAUUUUAAAUAUAGGGACCAAAUUAAAAAGAACUAUGGGUUAAAAAAAUAUUUCAUCGUUGUCAAACUAAGAGACCUUAAUAAUUAUGACUCUUCUCUGACUCAGGAACUUAUUCACCGCCCAAGUGAUUAUUUACCAGCGUUUGAAGAAGCUGUGACGGAAGUAGCAACCGAGCUUGUUCGUUCAAAUGAUGAAGAAAGUCAUACAGAAUCUGCCCAGGUGUUAUUCGAGUGGGACAGUAAUGCUGUCAGCCUCAGAGAUGUACAUUCAGAUGAAGUUUCUAGGUUAGUCAAGAUAUCAGGUAUCGCCAUCAGUUCAUCAAGUAUACGUGCAAAGGCCGUACGUCUAAGCUUACAAUGUCGAGGUUGCCGCCAAUUCCUUCCAAAUCUCCCUGUGAAGCCGGGGUUAGAAGGCUUUACACUACCUCGCAAGUGUCCAAGUGCCCAAGUUGGUGGAGGACAGGCUACUAGAUGUCCAAUUGACCCUUUCUUCAUAGUCCCUGACAAGUGUGAUUGUGUUGACUUCCAAACAAUUAAGCUUCAAGAAACACCUGAAACUGUCCCACAUGGAGAAAUGCCUCGUCACGUUUUGCUCUAUUGUGAUAGAUAUCUUUGUGAGCGAGUCGUCCCUGGUAAUCGUAUAACCGUUGUAGGUGUGUACUGUAUUCGCGUGACCGUCUCCAAUAAGCGCGCAGGCGCAAACGAACGUUCAAAUGCAGGUGUUCGUCAGCCAUAUAUACGUGUUUUAGGUUUAACCGUUGAUACAGAAGGCCCUGGGCGUAGUGCGUUCGUAUCUGGUGCCGGUGAAGGAACAGGUGCAGCUGCAACUUUAACAGAGAAUGAAGAAGAAGAAUUAAUAGCUUUGGCUAACUCACCGGAUAUCUACGAGAGAUUAGCUCGAAGUAUCGCUCCGUCUAUCUAUGGUAGCACUGAUAUUAAGAAAGCAAUUGCAUGCCUUCUGUUUGGUGGAUCACGUAAACGGCUUCCUGAUGGACUUAUGCGUCGUGGUGAUAUAAAUAUGCUAAUGCUAGGUGAUCCUGGGACAGCUAAGUCUCAACUUUUAAAAUUUGUCGAAAGGUGUUCACCUGUUGGCAUAUAUACCUCAGGUAAAGGUAGUUCGGCUGCUGGUUUGACGGCUUCUGUUACUCGAGAUCCAAACACUCGUAAUUUCAUAAUGGAAGGUGGUGCUAUGGUACUUGCUGAUGGUGGUGUUGUUUGUAUUGAUGAGUUUGACAAAAUGCGUGAAGAUGAUCGUGUUGCAAUUCAUGAAGCCAUGGAACAACAAACUAUUUCAAUAGCUAAAGCUGGCAUUACGACAACACUAAACAGUCGUUGUUCCGUACUUGCGGCAGCUAACAGUGUUUAUGGUCGUUGGGAUGAUACGAAAGGUGAAGAUAAUAUUGAUUUUAUGCCAACAAUUUUGUCACGUUUCGAUAUGAUUUUUGUAAUACGUGAUGAGCAUGAUUCUCAACGUGAUACAACUCUUGCAAAGCAUGUUAUGCAAGUACAUCUACAUGGGAAGUAAGUCAGCAUAACUUACGCAUUUAUUCAUUUUUGUGCUGUACAACAAACUGGCGAGUCCCAAAUAAGACGAAACCGCUAGUCACCAUUCACUUUUGCUUACGUAUUUAUGUUUUAAUUUAUAAAACAUUGUAAUGUUUGUUGUACUAUUCUCAUGAAUAUUAAGGCUAAAUGAAAUUGACAUAUGGAAACCUCAGAACUAGAAUCCAAUAAAUCCUCUAUUUCAAAUAAAAUUUAAAAGCUGAACACUAUAGUGCAUUUCGUACACUACCAGCAGCGCGGUUUUUAUUAGUCGAAAAUCCAAGUUAAAUAAAAUAACAACUUAUUGUUGCUCCUUAUAUGAGAAGAAAGUCACUCAAGUGUAUUGCAGUUGUUCAAGGUAAGGAGACCAGUAAAAUCAAUAACAACUGAUCAACCGAAAAAAAUCGAUAGAGUGGGCCAAUCACAUCAUUUCAAAUCCAAAUACAUGCUACUAGUCAAGAUUUAACUUUAUUUAACCCAAGGAAAUAGUAUACUCUACUGGUUAAAAAAUCUUGCUCAAUUUUUCAUGAGAUACAUGUCAACAUUAAUGAUAGAAUAUGUGCAUAUAUUUGAUCCCAGUUAGCCAGUAAAACCUUCGUACUCACUUCUAGGUUUUAUUAUUCAAAUAAUUGACUGAUCUCAAGCAUAGGAAAUGUGUAUUCUAGUAUCAAAUUCAUAUGACCGCUUAAAGCAAUAAAAAUAAGCACGUGACGCCACACGUAAACUACUAUCAGAACAAAAACUCUUCAGAAUCAGUUUGUCAGAUAUCACUAUCUAGAUCACUUUAGUAAAUGGGUUAGAAAAACCAAUCACAUUGCGGUUCUUAGAUGCAGUUAGAAAUAGAAAAUUGUGUUAUUAACUGAAUGACUUAUAAAGAUAAGGCUAUUUAUUAAAUACGAAUAAUUAAGUGAAGUAAAAUAAAACUUCCAAUUGAACUUAAACACAUUAAAUGAGAUCAGUUGGUAAGUGUACGUAGAACAUUAAAUGUAAUUAUUCUUAGCAUCUAUUAACAUUAACAGUUAGCGUUUAACACUCAUUCUAAAUUGUUAGUUUUUCAAUCGCAUAAUAUGAUGAGUUGGUCGUUAACAGAAUCUUGACACAAAUAAAAACAGCGUCACAUGCAAUCUGUUUCUGACCAUAUCCCUACUUC